UCUUCCUUCCAUUUCUCACUUCCUUCUCAUUUCCUCUCUAUAAGGUCCUCUUCUUAGCCCAGGACCGUCUGAAAUCUUUCUUUCCCACUUAACACUUCUAAAAUCUUCACUCUCUCUCAAUGGCGGUGGAGCUGAUGGGCUUCCCGAAGAUGGACGAUCAGAAGGCGAUCCAGGAGGCUGCAUCGCAAGGCCUGAAGAACAUGGAGCACCUGAUCCGUCUCCUUUCUCACCAGCAACAACAAAUCAACAACAAUAACAGUAGUAAUGCCCACCCGAACCUGACGGACUGCACAGACCUCACCGACGCAACCGUGUCCAAGUUCCGAAAAGUCAUCUCUCUCCUGAACCGGACCGGCCACGCUCGGUUCAGACGCGCUCCGGUUCAGCCCUCGUCUUCUUCUUCUCCGCCUAAUUCUUCUACCUCCUCCUCCGGUUCUCUCUCUCUUCCUCAUCCUCACCACCAAACCCUAACUCUAGCUCCCGCUCAAAUUACUCCCCUGGCGACAGUGGCGUACGUUCCUCCGGCGCCGAUCGCACCUCAGGCAACGGUUCAGACGGCCUUCGCCCAGGCUCAGCAGCCGCAGAGCAUGACUCUGGACUUCACGAAGCCGAAUCUCCUGAGCUCCAGCCACAAGAGCGCCGAGCUCGAGUUCAGCGUCUCGUCGAGCUCGUCGUUCAUGUCGUCGGCGAUCACCGGCGACGGCAGCGUCUCGAACGGGAAGCAAGGCUCGAUCUUCUUAACCGCCGCCGCGGCGCCGACUGUCUCCGGCGGGAAGCCGCCUCUCUCGGUUGCGCCGUUCAAGAAGAGGUGCCACGAGCACGAGCUCUCCGGCGAAGCCUCUGGGAAGAUAUCGGGAUCCGCGUCCGGAUCCGGAAAGUGCCAUUGCUCCAAGAGAAGGAAAAAUCGAGUGAAGAAGACCAUUCGUGUCCCGGCGAUUAGUUCAAAAAUCGCCGAUAUUCCACAGGACGAGUAUUCAUGGAGGAAAUACGGACAAAAGCCCAUCAAAGGCUCUCCUUAUCCAAGGGGCUAUUACAAGUGUAGCACCAUGAGGGGUUGUCCGGCUAGGAAACACGUGGAGAGGGCUCCCGACGAUCCGGCGAUGCUGAUCGUAACUUACGAAGGGGAGCACCGCCACGCCCACGCGCAGCCGGGGAGCGUGCAGGACAACGCGCCGGCGGUUGGUGGGAUCUCCUUGGUAUUCGAGUCAACGGUGGGGAAACCGUAAAGAAACAACCGGAUAGGGACCACUACCGGGAUUUUAUUUUUUAAUUAAUUUCUUUUUUUUUUCCCCCUUUGUUUAAACAUCUAAAAAGUAGUUGAGAAGAAAGGUUGGGGGUUGGAUGUAAAUUAGUUAGAGAUAUAAAUAUGAGUGAGGGAAAAUGAGAGAGAGAGGAAGAAUCUCUAUUAAUAUUUGCUAAAACGGUGCAGUGUUGUGAUUAACUUGAAAUUGAUCUAAUUUAGAUGCC